UUCAGGCUCAUCUCAGCUUUAGAUAAAAAUUAAAUGUGGAUUGCCUCAUUCUGCAUAUUGAAUACUAAGGGAUGCGCUCAUUUGUUCUCUCUGCAGACACACGAUGCUCUGCCAAUUUCCUUAAUCCAGGCACAGAAGCAGUCAGCAAUUGUUUCCAUUCACUUUUGAUUCCAUCUAUAAAAGGAAAUACCUGCAAUCACCAGAGGCUUUUCAGGCAGGGAUUUUGUAGAACUUGUCCAAUUUCAACAAACUUUUUGUCUGCUGGCUUAAUGGGCACUAUCUGGCUGCACAUCAGGGUGUCGGUUUUAGCUCCCAUUGUGCUGCCAUGUGUUUUUUUAUUGCAGAGAUCAUCAGUUAUUUUAGGAUUUCCCCAUCUCCCCUAAGCUCUCUACUAACCUGUCAAAAAAGUCUAACCCCCACCUCUGAAAUGUUUUAAACUUUUCUUUAUAAGUGGAUUGCUCGCUGGGCUGAUAUUGCAUCUUAUAUUUAAUAUCAAUUUUCACAGACUUUCGUGAGUUGUCACAGUUUAUUCCAUCUUCCUCUAGACCAAUAUUCCACCCUUGUCUCGUAUUUUUGCCACUUUUCAGUCUGUGUGGUGUUGACAAUACCCAGCAACCCUAUGGCUGGAUCCCCAGCAACAUUUCUUAGUUAUCUCCAGGAAGACAGGAAGAGAUACAUGAAUGUACGACCAUUUAUCAGAGUAAAUGAAGGCAGGGAGCUUUAUUAGAAGGCUCACAGCUGACUUACAUUAAUAUUGCCCACUGUGAGGUUUUACAAAGCUUUUUUCUCUUCCUGAAACAAUAGUCUGCAUUGGGAAUUCAGCACUGAGAUGUUCUGUAGCCAGGCACCAAACAGAGAUCCAGGCAUGAGCAGGGCAGGGAGCAGCCCAAGCCCAGCUCAGGGUGUUUGUGCCUCUCCUUUUUGCUGCACACAGCAAAUUCUCCCAUGGGAAGGGUGGAGCAGAAUUUCUGUGACCACAACUCUGAUCACUCUGUGAAUGUCCUUGUGCCUGGCCAUAUUCCUGCAAUAAUUGCAAUAAAGGUCCAAGCAGAUGGAAAAAUCCUGGAUGUUUGUUCACAAGACUUAGCUAGAGAUAAACCUGUGCUUACCUGGCUUAAGAAAACCUCUGCCACAGCUGAGCUCUGCUCCAGUGCUUGCCAGGGUGAAGCUGGGAGCAUGGCAGGAGUGCAGUGGCAGCCACUCUCUCUAACCAGUGCAUUUGAAUUAUGGGAUGUGGAGCAUGAAACUGGGCUCAGAAUUGCACAAAAUAUUCCAAUUUUUUUUUUUUUUUUUUUUUUUUUUUUUUUUUUUUUUUCCUAUUUGACCUGAGCUAAUCAGAGGCAACCAAAUCAAGUGACACUGAUGAAACUCAUAUUCUUCUUUAAUUUCUAGCCCAAAGAAUAUCUGUCAUUACUUCUUUUUUUUGUUGUUGUUGUUGUUGACUUUCUUUUCACAGUUUUUAAAAACAAUUUCAAGACGAGCAGUUCACCCACAGUGUGUGUGCAAAGAAGGCAGUGACCAAGUUUCACUUCCCCCCUCGUUCUCAGAGAACGUGCAGUGAGAAGCAGGAGUGGUGAAACACAACUCCCGGCACUGCAGGAGGUUUCUGUCUCCAGGUUUCUCUCUCCAUGCUCCUUUCUCUGGCAUUCCUGGACUCCUGAAGAUGCCCAGGAGAGGAGCCCCUCCUGUGGGGACACUCCUGGAGCUGGCAUUUGUCCUGUCCCCGCUGGCAGGCUGCCUCCUCGACCCCUGUUUGGAGGUCACCCCUAAAACAACUUUCAGGUGCACAGGACUGAACGACUCUGGAGUUCCUGAUGGAGUCCCAAACACCACCCAGAACCUGGACCUCAGUUUCAGCAAUCUGAAAUCACUGGGGUCAAAUUAUUUUGCAUCAGUCCCUGAGCUGCAGCUUCUGGAUCUUUCAAGGUGCCAGCUCCAUGCAAUAGAAGAUAACUCCUUUAUAGAUCUCCAUAGACUUUCCACCUUGAUUUUAACUGCCAAUUCCCUCCAGCACCUGGGGAAAGCAGCUUUCCAUGGCUUAACAUCUCUGAAAAAACUGGUUCUGGUGGAAACCAACAGGACCUCUCUGUCUGAGCUGCCCAUUGGCCACUUGCACACCCUACAGGAGCUGAAUUUAGGCCACAACAGCAUUACCUCAUUGAAGCUUCCUGAGUAUUUCACCAACAUGACUUCCCUCAGGCACCUGAGCUUCUUCUCUAACAAGAUCACAUCUAUCUCCAGAGGAGACCUGGAUGCCCUGAGGGAAGGGGACAGGCUCAGCCUCACUCUGGUGCUUUCCAUGAACAAUAUAAAAUCCAUAGAGCCGGGGGCCUUUGCAGGGAUCCACCUGGGCGAGCUGGCUCUCAGGUCUGCCUUUGAGAGCCUCACCAUGCAAACCUCCCUGCAAGGCCUGGCUGGUCUGCAGGUCAGCAGGCUCACACUUGGGGAAUUCAGCGACAGUGAGAGGCUGCAGGACUUUGAGAGGGGGCUCUUGAAUGGGCUGUGCCAGGUACAGAUGGAAGAGUUUGUCCUGAUCUGCUUCAGGGAUUUUGAGGGUGACACGGACACUCUCUUUGACUGCGUAGGCAACGUCUCCACCAUUCGCUUGGUGGGUGUGGGGCUGGAGGAGAUAUCACGGGUUCCUGUGUGGUCUAAAGUGAAACAGCUGGAAUGCAAAAAAUGCAGUUUUGAGGAGGUGCCUGCCCUGAAGCUGUCGCUUUUCAAGGAGCUGAGAGUGCUUCGGAUUACCAAGAACAAAAGACUCAAAAACUUCAAGCAGAAUUUUGAGGGUCUCAGGAACCUGGAGGUCAUGGAUCUGAGUGAGAAUAGCCUCACCUUCAGCAGAUGCUGUUCCCCUCGGUUUCAAAAUUGUCCAAAUUUGAAACACUUGAACUUGAGCUUCAAUUCUAAUAUCAGAUUGACUGGAGAUUUCACUAAUGUGAAGAAUUUGUUAUAUUUGGACCUUCAGCACACAACUUUAUUUGGUCCUGGCUCCUACCCUGUCUUCCUGUCCCUUCAGAGACUGAUUUACCUCGAUAUUUCCCAUACCAAAACCGAAGUUAAAUCCCAGUGUACAUUUUGUGGCUUGAACUCUUUGCAAGUGCUCAAGAUGGCAGGAAACUCCUUUGAGGACAACAAGCUGGCAAACCACUUCAAAAACCUAAGUCACCUCCACACCUUGGAUAUUUCAAGCUGCAAAUUAGAACAUGUGGAUCAAAGUACUUUUGAUGCCCUCUCUGAGCUAAAAGAGCUCAACAUCAGCAACAAUAAGCUCCUGACCUUCAGUCCUGGGGUCUACCAGCCACUCCAAGCCCUCAGAGUCCUGGAUUUCAGCAGAAACCAGCUGACGGUUCUGUUGGGCUCAGCCCGGGAAAUCCUGCCUGACAGCCUGGUCCUGUUGGAUAUCUCUCAGAACCUCUUUGACUGCUCCUGUGUGCACCUGGACUUUCUGGAAUGGGUCAAGGGAAAGCAGGAGCUGCUGCAGAACGAGGAGCUGAUGCUGUGCCACACUCCCUCAUACGUGGCCAACGUGAGCCUGCCAAGCUUUGACCUGUCCUCCUGCCACGUCAGUGCGGGCAAAGUUGCCUCCUCGGUGGUUGUGUUGCUCUGCAUCGUGGUGCUCCUCCUCCUGGUUUACAAGUACUACUUCCAGCUCUACUACUCCGUGGUGCUGCUCAGCGGGUGCAAACACUCCGCAGAAAGAGGUGACACCUACGAUGCCUUUGUCAUCCACUCCAGCAAAGACCAGGAAUGGGUGACAAAGGAGCUGGUGGAGCCCUUGGAAGGAGGAACACCUCCCUUCCACCUGUGCCUGUACUACAGGGACUUCCUGCCAGGGGUGCCCAUUGUCACCAAUAUCAUCCAGGAGGGUUUCCUCAGUAGCAGGAACGUCAUCGCCGUCAUCUCCACCGACUUCCUGGAGAGCAAGUGGUGCAGCUUUGAGUUUGACAUUGCCCAGUCCUGGCAGCUGGUGGAGGGAAAGACUGGGAUCAUCAUGAUCGUGCUGGAAGAUGUGAACAAGGCCCUGCUGAGGCAGAGGCUGGGGCUGUCUCGGUACCUGAGGAGGAACACCUACCUGGAGUGGAAAGACAAGGAAAUAAGCAAGCACAUCUUCUGGAGACAGCUGACAGGAGUGCUGCUGGAAGGCAAAAAAUGGAAUCAUGAGGAGGUAAAGCUCAUGUGAAGAGAAAGAAGAGUUCUUCCUCCCCUGUCUGGCCUGGGCUGCUGGACGGUGCUCAGAAGCUCUGUUCUCUCUGGUUCUUCUGUUGCUGUUCAGAGUCAGAGGGAGCGGAUGGAGGCACUGCCAAAGCACUCCAGAAAUUCCUGCCUUGCUGGCCACCUCUUCUCAAGGAAGUUUGCAAGUUAAGGAGUGACAAGGGCCAGAAGAGCUGCCUGAGCUCUGAGUUUGCUCAUGGCUGUCACCCACAGGUGGCCCAGCAAUCCCUCAGGUUUGGUGGGUGUAGGAACAGACCAAGGCUCUUACUCUCAUCUGGCUGCUUCUGAAACUGGAUUUGGGUCCUGACACCAUUUACCCAGAGGAAUAUCACAAUCUGUUGCUUUGAGUGGACCCCAGAAUCUCAGAGGCAGAGUAAAGACACAGGAUUUUCAGCUCUAAAAACUUUGUGAAACAGAAAUGAGGUUUGGAUUCCAAACGUCUUGUGCCUGCCUCCGUGGGCAGCACAGCUCAGGGGACAAACCCUCCAGAGAGCAAUGGGGCAUCCUACAGCCCGACUGGCAGCUCCUCAGGGAACCUGAGCAGUUUUGUCAUCAGGGAGGGAGGUUUCUGUGCUUGGGAAAUUUGCCCAACAGGUUUCUUUCAGUUUUCUUUACAUCAAGACCAAAUAUUGAAACCAUCACCUGAAAAUCUUAUUUAUAUCCAGGUUAUUUAAUAUUUGAGAGGGCAUUUUGGAGUUUUUUUGGGGGGACAAGAAAUGUGGAACACCUUUAAACUGAAAUAUUUCUUUGCUCCCACUGCUUCUCCUCAUCCAGUGUUUGUGAAUAUGCUCUGGGACUGCCCUAAGCAGGCAAAAUUGAGCCUGAACAAAGUGUUUCAAUGUUUACAGCCAGCCAGUUCUAGAUUAAGAUUUUUCACUCUCUGGACCAGCCUUAAUUCACUGUUGGAAGGUGCUGCAAGAGCCCCCAGGGUCUGAAAUGGAGUUCAGAUCUGCCUGUCUGCUCAGCCUUCCCCAGGGACAGCUGCCACCUGCAGCAGGGCUGGGUGGGGGAAAUCUGCUUUUGUUUCCCUGAGAACCUGCCUGACAUUUUGCAGGGAGAAGAGACAGAGGGGAAAAGUCUGGGUUAGCUGAACUAAGUGUACCCCAGCACUGUCCUGAAGGAAGGGAAGGAAACUCCAAAUGCCAUGGAAUCAUAUCACAGAGCUCUCCAUCGACGUGGGGGAUGUUGGAUGGGGCAGGAGGGUUGCCCUCUUUGUACCAAAGGCUUUGGUUGGCACUCAUCACUGACUUCCUCUGGUUUUAAUCUUGCACAUCCUUCUAUAAUCAGAGGUGUUCUGCAGAGGUAAAACAGAAGCAAGUGAGUGGUGAAUCAGAUCUGAUAUUUAUCCACUCACUUUUCUAAGCACCACACAGGGACAUUUCCAUGGAAGCAGGAUCAGGGAUCAACAUCAGACAUUAUUGGAUAGAGAGGGAGAGCCAGUUCCAGCCUUGUGCUGGCAAAAGUUGAAUCACAGCUCCCUCCCUGUGUGCUGUGUCAGACAACACUACCAAAACCCCCUGCAGCCCUGCCUAAGCCUUUUUUGUGACCCAGGAGAUGAAGGUUUAGUAAAACUAAGCUUGAUGCUGCAUUCCUUUGCCUAGAGAGUUUGUUCUGUAUCUGCUAAAUACUAUUCCAGCAAUUCCCAAAAUGAAGUUCUCCUCACCUCUGUUGGGACUGAUGGGUCCUGCAGACCUUCCUCCUCACCUUUCCACCCCCACCUUCCUCCUCCUCCAGGGACAGAGGCUGCUGGGGAUGGUGGGGGACAGAACCAGGGCACAGAGGUUCCCUGGACUGAGGCCAAAGGGGAGCACUGAGGACAAAACAAACAUUAUUUCAUGAAUUUCACCAGCUCUGAGUUAAAUUGGGAAACAAAAGAGGAAAAAUGAAAUAGAGUGGGAGUUCCUGCUCCUGAAUUGAGCAGCACUGAAGCCACAUUUCUCCUUCACUCUUUCUCUCUGUGGCUCCUCUGCAAACAAUUCAGUGGAUGUGUAUUUCUGGCACAAAGCACAGAGUCCUAUGAUUCUUGAUUGUAAUUAUAACAAUGAGUUUCAGAAAGCCUGCGAGUGGUUCUGGGCAUUUCUAAAAGGGAUUUAGGACAGUAUUGUUUAAAAAGUCAGUGGUUUUUUGAAUAUCAAAGCAACUGUAGGAGAGCUGGAGUGAUGCUGAGUCGAGGCUCUUACCAGUACAAUUUUAAAAGAAACAUGUCACUUGUUUCUCUCUUUCUAUUCAGAGUCUCCACAGCAGACGUGAGCAUGUGAGUUGCCCCUGGCUUUCUUAUUGUCCAAGAAAGAGCCACAAAACCCAUCAUAACUUCAGCUGACCCUCUGUGGUCCCUUCCAGCCUCACCCACUCUGUAAUUCCGUGAUCUGCCCAGGCAGUGCUGAGGUUUAUGAGUCCAAGAUGGACAAGGCUGUGUGAACAAUUGUAUUUUCACCAUUUACCCAGCAGAGAAACCAUAGAUUAUUUUUUAAAAGAUUCAAAACAUCUUUCCCCAAUACUAUAAAAGGGGGAAUAUCGUGGUUCCCACAGAAACACACGUCCUCAUUUGCCUUCAUUUUUGGAAACAAGUGUCCAAAGGAAAACUCAAUGUUCUCAUGUUUCCAAAGCUGCUGGCGUGCACUGUUUGAAACUGCCCACUCUGCAGCGAGUGGCUUUGAUAGGAUUUACUCACUGGGUGAAAAAAUGAGCAGCCAAGCAAACACCCAUGCAGGUCUGCAUUAAUCUCUCAUUUAAAUAUCUGAAAACAUUCCAGUUAUUAAAGCAUCUCUUUUGCCCAGGUCAUAAAACCAGAUGGAGACAAAGCUCCAAAGGGCUGUUGCAUCCAAGCUAUUCCACUGGCAAUAGGGACGUGCCCUGAUUUCACUCUGAGCCUCAUUUGACCCAAAAUGCCAGGACAGAUGCAGCUCUGGACUUCCUUGCCUCAUGGAGGGUGCUGUCCCAGGGGAGGACACCCUGGUGUGCUGGCACUGUCACCAAGCUGUGCUUUGCAGUGAGAGUGCCCUCAUUAGUGUGAUUGCAUUUGUGGGUUUCUUAUCUUCUUUUCUUCGUGUUAGAGCCAGGAUUAAUACUCAGGAGAGGGUUUCGUGUUGGGACUCAGUGUUUAUUAAUUCUUAUCUCUAGCACAGUCUCACGAGUUGUGAGCUCUAACAAGGUGGAAAAUGGCUCUGUCUCUAACUCUUUCCAUGGUCUCCCAAGCUCCAAGUAUCCAACAAUGAGGUGACACCCACACUGUUCAUACCUUCAGCCCAACAACCAACCACCCACAGUCCACGGGACCCCUUCACACAACUAGAAAAAAACACCCCAAACCACCAAGAAGGUGAAAGAAGAACCCAGCCUACACCCCAAAUCCUCCACAUUGUCCCACAUGUAUCACUGUACACCAAAACCCCAAAUUCCCAGCUCUCCACCCUGUGAUAUCACACACUCCACUCAAACUACACACUCACAACCCUGUUGCUGUAGGACAUGAAAUGAACCACACUGACUCUGUGAGUUCUCAGAAGGCUACAAAAAGGGGGAUUUAUUCAAAAUGUGAUUUCUUUAUAUACUAUUUACAGAUACCAAUAUGAUUGGAUGGGCAAAGUUAAUACCUCUUCAACCACAUUGCUCAAGCCAGAGGGCCAUCAAGAAGUCCUUCCUCUAAAAGGCAUUAAUAACAUAGAUACAGUUAGCAAAACAUCAGCAAAUUGCCUGGGAAAGAAAUUUCACAAACCAAAACAUCUCAGACAUGAAAUCAGGGCUACACAACCCCAGAGCUAUCACUCAAUUUUGGAAGCCUCUUCCACGGCCUCAGGUCAAAUGUGGUGCUUGCUUGAGGGUCAGUGCCUUUUAGCACAGAAAGCCUGAAAUUCUCAGCCUCCAGGGUUCCAACAGUGCUCCCCACACAGCAGCAGCUGCAAAAGAUGAAAAGCAGGGCCAUGUGCAUUCCCUCCCACCUGGAUGUGGCUGCAGGAGUGAGAAUGCUCCCCUGGCCCCCCUGAGGAGCACAGAUUUCCAGUGUCACUUAAAAACCCAGCAGAACGAGGAAAAGCAGCUGGUUUCCCUGGACCGACUGGCACUUGACAGGAACAGGUUGGAACUUCUCAGGGAGAGCAUUUGUCCUUUGGGAAAUGCUAGUUUGUAUGUGGUUUAUGCAAUUUAAUGAGGUAGCAUGGUGAAUCUAUGGAAUGGGAAUUGUCACAGCAGAGUUUCUGGUUUACUGUUGCAUGUAAUUUUGGAACAGGUAUUUUUCAUGGAAACAGUGAUUUAAAAAAAAUGCUUUGGAGGGGCUGAAAAAGAGAUUUCUAAUAAAAGUUAAAUUGCUCCACAAUGUCAUUUAAAAAAAAAAAAAGUGUGUUUAUGCUGUUGUUUUUCAGAAUACAUUUUCAUUUUGAAAUUUGUUUCUAUUUACACAAUCUGACUAGUCUCCCAAAAGAACACCAAAAUGUAAAAAUGUUUCCCAUACACACAAAAUAAAA